AUGCCUAUUUUCGAUGGAGAGAAUUAUGAAUAUUGGAGCCUACAAAUGAAGACCUUGUUCAUCUCUCAAGAUCUUUGGGAUCUUGUAGAAGAUGGUUACGAGGAACUGGAAAAAACUUCGACGGGAAAAGCGACACCGGAAUCACAGCAAGCACUUAAAGAAAAUAAGAAAAGAGAUGCCAAGGCUUUAUUCCUAAUUCAACAGGGAAUAAGCAAAAAUCUCUUUCCAAGAUUACUUUCUGCUACGACAUCAAAAAAUGCUUGGGAAAUACUCAAAAUUGAGUUCCAAGGCUCACAGAAAGUGAUCUCCAUCAAACUCCAAUCCUUGUGGCGAGAGUUUGAUAAUUUAUUAAUGAAGGAGAAUGAGUCCAUUCAGGUUUUCUUCACAAAAGUUUCUGGAAUUGUUAACCAAAUUAGAAGUUAUGGGGAUACAAUUUUAGACAAGAAAAUUGUAGAGAAAACUCUACGUAGUCUACCGCCAAAGUUCGAUCAUGUUGUUGCAGCAAUAGAGGAGUCAAAAGAUCUCGCUGCACUUUCGCUCCAUGAACUAAUUGGUUCAUUGGAAGCACAUGAAAAAAGGAUUAAUAGGUCUACAGACCACUCCUUGGAGCAAGCUUUUCAAUCCAAGUUGGAUUCGAAGGAGAAAGAAGACAAACAAAAAGGAGAAUCUCAAAAGUCCCAAAACAGAAAAAGUAAAGGAGAAUCUCAUUGGCGGAAGAAUCACAACAAAGGCAACUAUAACAACAACAAUCAGCAAGGACGUAGCCAUCAAAACAACCAGAAUGGUAACCUUGUCCCUGAAUGUCGUGUUUGUAAGAAGACUGGGCACAAAAGUGCAGAUUGUUGGUAUAGGUGUACCCGAUGCAGAAUACCCAACCAUUCUCAAAGAGAUUGCAGAUAUCAGAAAAAUAAUGAAGCCAAUUUCACAGAAAAUAAUGACUCUCCAGAGCAACUAUUUUAUACAUGUCUCAGCGCUCGUCAAGAACCACAAGAUAUAUGGUACGUGGAUAGCGGAUGCAGUAACCACAUGACAGGAAACAGACAAUGUUUUGUCAAAUUUGAAGAAAAUGUGAAUUCACAAGUCAAGCUGGGAGAUGGAAAGCUUCACAACGUGAAAGGCAAGGGUAUUAUCUAG